UUACCUUAGCGAUUCGGAUUCAAUUGUUCGUCCUCGUGGGAAAUGACCUUUCUGCGGACGCCCAAUUGGGUCGUCAUGAAACGGUCCAAGGCACACACUGCUGGCCAGAAGGAUAAAGUAUUGGUGACACAUGAUGGGUCCCGUCAAUCUCAGAGUGAUGGCGCGUGGGACAUGUGUACCUCGCGAGACCAGGAAGCAUCUCAAAGAGCCCUGGUGGAAGUAGAAGACAGGUACGAAGCAGCGUUGGACGCUACGGGGUGGUCGAAAGCACGACUGAUGAUUUUUGUGCAGCGAGAAGAUGUAGGAGGAGAUUGUUACAAAGCCUGCAGCUGUGACAAUAUGAGCUCCUCGUCUCGCUCCCGCUGGGUCUUUGCUUUCUUGAUGCGUGCCGAGCGUCGCUGCGGUGUGGAUAGUGGUGUGAAUUUCUCUGCCGCUUUUGCAGCUGCCUUCACUGUUUCUGCCUCUGCCACUGCCUCUGCUGUUCCUGCUCCUGCUCCUGAUCCUCCUUCAGGUUCUCCUUCUGCUCGCUCAGGUUCAGCGGAACCCGCAGCGGCUGCUUUCUGUCGCUGGAUGCGCGCAAUAGUGGCUAUCGGAUUCCUCUCUCUCAUCCUUCGCCGAUUCUUUCUCUUCUUCCUCUCUCCUGAAGUCGCCGUGGCGGUGGCGGCGGUGUUGGUCGUCCCUUCGGGCAUGGUCGUCUGCUCGAUCUCCAUGGGAUCCAUGGCGUCGUCGAAGUCAAGCUCUGUGGAUGUGCUCAGCUGCCGGGCGCUCAGUCUGCGCGCUGACUUCACAGCCUUUCGUUUGCGAGCAAUGGCUUGGGGAGAAUUGUAUGCCUCGGCCGCUUCUAGCUGCUUCUUCUGGUGCAGCAGUGUGAUCAAGUCGAUGUCCUUUUCGUAGUCGUGAGGUCGAUGCGAUGCCAUGGCAUUUUCACAACCAAUAGCCAACCGUG